AAACAGCUGUCAAGUGCAAUUGUCAUUAUAUUCUUCCUUCGCUAUUAUUUAAAAAUUUAAAUUAUUUGAUAAGCAAUUUCAUGGGAUAAAACAUUACGUUUGGACAAAAUAUCCAUGUCAAAGCAAAUUUUCGAAUAGAUACAAUUCACGAAAUUAAUUAAAUUUCCCUUAAAUUUUAACGAAAAGUUGUGCUGGUAAUCGUACCAUUUUCUAAAUAAUUUAAAGUAUCAAAACAUCUAAAUUACAAUGGUCCGUUUUAAGAACAGAUACAUAACUGUCGAAAUUUCAUCGCCUUUAAUUCCUGAGAACAAACCUCUUUCUUUGAAAUCUAAAAUAUUUCAUGAAACUGUACUUGAGAAGAUACAGCAAUUACAUGGUGACUUUGGAGUAGGAGCUGUUAGAUCUGGAUUUCUAACGAAAUAUUGCAACGAGAACACUCGAAUAGCAAUCCUAAGAGCUAGACAUGGGCCUCACAAGUUUGUUUCAAGCAGUUUACCAUUCAUUACAAAAAUAGGUAAACUGGAUGUUAGUCUACGAACUCUUCAUGUUGGAGCAACUUUAAAACACAGCUUUAAAUUUAUCCUUAAGCACCAAAGGGCAUAUUUGGAUUCAAUGUGGUCAAAAUUAAAAACAGAUGAAGAACGAAAGAAUCUUGAAGCAGCUGUAAUGGAUUUUACGAAGACAGAUGUCACAAUAAACAUAGAUAAUAUUGCUUAAUUA